UUUCCUCAUUUCCUCCUCUUUCACUCCCUGUGUUCAACAUGGCGGUCGGCAAGAACAAGAGGCUGACUAAAGGUGGCAAAAAAGGUGCCAAAAAGAAGAUUGUGGAUCCAUUCUCCAAGAAGGACUGGUAUGAUGUCAAGGCACCAGCCAUGUUCAACAUACGCAACCUGGGCAAGACCUUGGUCACCAGGACUCAGGGAACCAGAAUUGCCUCUGAUGGUCUGAAGGGACGUGUGUUUGAGGUCAGUCUGGCUGAUCUGCAGAACGAUGAGGUGGCCUUUCGCAAGUUCAAGCUGGUCACAGAAGACGUGCAGGGCAAGAACUGCCUCACCAACUUCCAUGGCAUGGACCUCACCCGUGACAAGAUGUGCUCUAUGGUCAAGAAGUGGCAGACAAUGAUUGAGGCUCACGUUGAUGUGAAGACCACCGAUGGCUAUCUUCUCCGCCUGUUCUGCGUGGGCUUCACCAAGAAGCGCACCAACCAGAUCAGAAAGACCUCCUACGCUCAGCACCAGCAGGUCCGUCAGAUCCGCAAGAAGAUGAUGGAAAUCAUGACCCGUGAGGUCCAGACCAAUGACCUCCUCGAGGUGGUCAACAAACUGAUUCCUGACAGUGUAGGCAAGGACAUUGAGAAAGCCUGCCAAUCGUGUGAUGAACAUGCAUGGCUUAUUAAUGUAUUUAUGAAAUUUUAUCGUGCAGUUGGUAAGCUGAUGGAGCUUCACGGUGAGGGUGGAACCAGCAGUGCUGCUGCUAAACCUGCAGAGGGCGACACCGGGGCCAAGGUGGAGCGAGCUGACGGAUAUGAGCCCCCCAUCCAGGAGUCUGUCUGAAACUUCCAACACAAACAGCUGGUGUCAAUAAACAUGUAAAUUUGA